AUCACUAGCGUGUGAUUACUUCUGAGUGCAGUCUCUUUAAUCUGUGUGUUCAAGUUAGUGGUGAAUGUCAUUCAAUGUAUAGUGAUCAUUUUAUUAUAUUUAAGUUUUGAUAAUGCCUUAUUGGUAUUACGAUAAAAAGGAUCUACAAAACACACCGUCAUUUCGCGAUGGCAUCAGCACCGAGACAGAGAAUCGUUACAGGAAGGAAGGCGCCAGAUUUAUUAUUGACACAGGAUCGAAAAUGGACUUAGGUUAUAACACAGUUGCGACUGGUGUUGUUUAUUUUCACCGUUUCUACAUGUUUCACUCGUUCAGAACGUUUCCGAGAUACAUAACGGCGUGCUGCUGCCUAUUUUUAGCGGGUAAAGUGGAGGAGACACCGAAGAAGUGUAAAGAUAUAAUAAAAGUGGCAAAAUCACUGUUAACUGAACAAAAGUUUGCCACUUUCGGCGAAGACCCAAAGGAGGAAGUGAUGACACUCGAGAGGAUCCUGCUGCAGACGAUAAAAUUCGACUUGCAGGUGGAACAUCCUUACGGUUACCUGUUAAAGUAUGCCAAAUGUUUGAAGGGUGAUAAGACCAAAUUACAAAAGAUGGUGCAGAUGGCAUGGACUUUCGUUAAUGACAGUUUAUGUACAACGCUGUGCUUGCAAUGGGAGCCGGAGGUGAUAGCAGUAGCAUUGAUGUUCCUGGCAGGCAAGCUCAGCAAGUUUGAGGUGGUAGACUGGAAUGGACGAUUGCCCAAACACAGUGCCUGGUGGGACAUGUUCGUAGAGGACAUUACCAUGGAGCUCCUCGAGGAUAUUUGUCAUCAGGUACUAGACUUGUACUCGCCGCAAACGCAGCCGUCGGGCGGCGACUCGCCCCCGCUGUCGGCGCCGCCAAAGACUCCAAAAAACGACAAGAAGCCCCACUCCGCUACACCGCCCGCUUCAGUAUCGCCUGUCGCGCCUGUCGCCACUAAGCCGGCCGUGACGCCCAUCAAGAACGGGGAACCGCCGCCUAAGCUGGAGCCUCCUAAGGCGGCCCUGGGGCCGGCGCCGGGCGCGGAGCCGCCGCGCUACGGGUACCCGCCGUACACGAGCAUCCCGCCGCCGUACGUGUACGGCGCGCCGCCGCCGGCGCUGCCGCCGCGGCUGCCGCUGCUGUACACGGAGCCGCCGCCGGCGGUGGCCGCGGGCCCGCGGCCGCGCUACCCGCCGCCGCCGCCGGCGCCGCCCGCCGUCGUGUCGGUGCCGCCGCCCUACUUCCCGCCGCUGCCGGCGCCGCCGCCCCGUCCCUACUACCCGCCGCCGUAGCGUAUACCUAACUUAUAAUUAUAGUAUAAUUUUUUUACUGAAAUAUAUUAUUAUUGGCCUGCCA